UUGUUUCGCCCCCCCUCUAUGACACCGAGUUUUGCAAAGAUGAACGUUGGCUGCGUCAUCCUCGCGUGCACCUUACUUCUGGCUGCAUCCUCGGGGAGCAAGGCGGGCCAGCCCCUCAAAGCCCCGUGCAGACCCGGCUUCUCCCAGAACUUCUACACGGUGAUCGUCUCCAGAGACGUGCUCCACGGCAAGAGCAUUCUCAAAGAUACCACCCUGUCCAGUGAACGCGUGAAGUUCGAGGACUGCCAGCGCAGCAGGGAGGUGGGCUUCGUCAGCAGCGACCCCAACUUCAGCGUGCGGCCCGACGGGUCGGUGCGCGCCGAGCAGGAGCUGGCCAACCUGUCGGAGCCCGUCCAGUUCAUGGUGACGGCCCGGGGGUUCCACGACGCACACAUCUGGGAGACUACCGUUAAGCUAGCACUGGCCGGACACCCUCACCCGAUGGCCCUGACGAAGGGUGGCAUUGAAGAAAUGCUGUCAAGAGCCUGGGACUCCCAACCCAGAGUUAUCAAGUUUCCUCGAAAACAUCAGAGGGGCUCCUCUUCCAACGGGCUGAGGCGACAGAAGAGAGACUGGGUCAUCCCCCCUAUCAAUGUGCCUGAAAACUCCCGAGGACCCUUCCCUCACAUGCUCGUCAGAAUCCGCUCGGAUCAGGACAAGGCUGCUGGCAUCCGCUACAGCAUCACGGGAGCCGGCGCUGACCAGCCCCCGAGUGGCAUCUACAACAUAGACCCCAUCAGCGGCAACAUGUUCGUCACCCAGCCCCUGGACCGAGAGGAGAGGGCCUCCUUCCAUCUGCGAGCCCACGCGGUCGACAUGAACGGCAACCAGGUAGAGAAUCCAAUCGAUCUGUACAUCUACGUGAUCGACAUGAACGACAACAGGCCAGAGUUUCAGAACCAGGUGUACAACGGCUCUGUGGCCGAAGGGUCCAAACCAGGCUCGUCGGUGAUGCGGGUGACGGCCACCGACUCGGACGACUCCACCACGGCCAACGGCAUGGUGCGCUACCGCAUCCUGUCCCAGACGCCCCACAGCCCCAUCCCCAACAUGUUCACCAUCAACAGCGAGACCGGAGACAUAGUGACGGUGGCCGCCGGCCUGGACAGGGAGAAAGUGUCCCAGUAUACCAUCAUUGUCCAGGCCACUGACAUGGAGGGUAACUUGAACUUUGGCUUGUCCAACACAGCCACGGCCCUCAUCAGCAUCACCGACAUCAACGACAAUCCCCCAGAGCUGACAGUCAGAACGUUUUCAGGGGAGGUGCUGGAGAACAAGGUGAAUGUGGUGGUGACCAACCUGACGGUGGUGGACAGGGAUCAACCCCACAGCCCCAACUGGAACGCUGUCUACCGCAUCGUCAGCGGAGACCCUUCCGGACACUUCGCCAUCCGCACCAACCCCAUCACCAACGAGGGCAUGCUGACCGUGGUCAAGGCGGUGGAUUUCGAGAUGAAUCGGGCCUUCAUGCUGACCGUGCUGGUCUCCAACCAGGCCCACCUGGCCAGUGGCAUCCAGUCCUCGCUCCAAUCCACAGCGGGGGUCACCAUUUCGGUUCAGGAUGUGAACGAGCCGCCCGUCUUCCCUGUCAACCCCAAGAUGAUCCGCUUCGAGGAGGGUGUGCCUGCAGGGACCACGCUCACCGUGUUUGCUGCUCAGGACCCCGACCACUUCAUCCAUCAGAUUGUCCGGUACUCCAAGCUGUCAGACCCAGCUAACUGGCUGAAGAUCAACAGGACCAAUGGUCAGAUCACCACCAUGGCCGUGCUGGACCGGGAGUCCAUGUACGUCAGAAACAACGUGUACGAGGCCACGUUCCUGGCCUUCGACAAUGGUAAGUCCGGCUCGCCUCAGGCCAGCGGGACGGGGACCCUCCAGAUCUACCUGAUUGACGUCAACGACAACGCGCCGGUGCUGAUGCCCAGGGAGUCCCAGGUGUGCGAGCGCGCGCGCCCCAACUCCAGGGUCAACAUCACCGCCUCGGACGCCGACGCCGACCCCAACGUGGGGCCGUUUGUCUUCGAGCUGCCUUCUUUCCCCGCCAGCGUCCGCCGCAACUGGACCAUCUCCCGACUCAGCGGGGACUACGCGCAGCUGAGGCUGAGGAUCCCCUACCUGGAGGCCGGCGUGUACGAGAUCCCCAUCAUCGUGUCCGAUUCCGGGAACCCUCCUCUGUCCAACCGCUCCGUGAUCAGAGUCAAAGUCUGUCCUUGCGACGACAACGGAGACUGCAGCGCCACCGGGGCCGUGGCCGCCGCCGGCCUCGGCACCGGGGCCAUCAUCGCCAUCCUCAUCUGCAUCAUCAUACUGCUGAGCAUGGUCCUGCUGUUUGUGGUGUGGAUGAAGCGCAGAGAGAAGGAGCGGCAGGCGAAGCCUCUGCUGAUCGACCCCGAAGAUGACGUCAGAGACAACAUCCUCAAGUAUGACGAGGAGGGCGGAGGAGAGGAGGACCAGGACUACGACCUGAGCCAGCUGCAGCAGCCCGAGUCCUUGGACCACAUCAUCAGCAAGCCGGCGGGGGUCCGCAGGGUGGACGAGAGACCUGUGAUUGCCGAGUCACAGUACCCCGUCAGACCCAGCCUGCCCCACCCCGGAGACAUAGGAGACUUCAUUAACGAUGGCCUGAGGGCAGCAGACAAUGACCCCACGGCCCCCCCCUACGACUCCCUGCUGGUGUUCGACUACGAGGGCAGCGGUUCGACCGCCGGCUCCGUCAGCUCUCUGAACUCCACCAGCUCAGGGGACCAGGACUACGACUACCUCAACGACUGGGGCCCCCGCUUCAAGAAGCUGGCCGAUCUCUACGGGGGAGGGGACGACGACUGAGACGCGACCGGAGGGGGGCGCAGGGGGCGCGGGAGCUCCGAGAACAUGGCGACGCCCGCCUCCCCCCUUCCCCCCCCCCCCCCGACGGUGGGCCCGAUGCACCGCUAAAACAUCAAUCCCGCUGCAGCGCAACUGUGUUCUGGCUUUAUAUUUCGUAGUGGCGAGUUUCUAGCGUGACGUUUCCCUUCUUUCGUUGUUCUGUCACCGGACCCCGCCCCCCCCCCCCCCCGGGGAGGAAUCAAGGCGGUCGUGAGAGACACCAGUAGUGAAUUAGUGCCAAUUUGAUUUUUUUUUUUUUUAAAACCAUCCCCUUGCUUUAGUCUCACACUGAAGAGAAUGUUUUUGGGGAGCGACGCUCUCCGACUCUCUCGUUCACUCCGUCCACUUGGAUUUCCUUAGAACAGAAGCACUGUCAUUUUAUAAAGUGCCUUUUGUGGUGUGUUUUUGUAUCAGACUCCUGCUAUCUCAGGAUCGUUUGCCAUUCGUGCAGUCUAGUGGAGGCGCGUUCGCUCGUCGACCCCCCCCGCCCCCGCCCCCACCUCCCCUCCUCCCACCGUGCCCUCCUCGCACCAGCCCUGCCUGUCACUCUCCUCCCCCCUUUACAGCUGUGCGGAUGAACCACUCCAGCAGCCGGUCCCCAGGAGGGGAGGACACGACCCGGGCGGACUAUCGGACAUCAUAACCCAGUGAAUUAUGGCAUGAUAGACGAGCCGGUAACCGUUGCCGUGGGGAUGACAACACCCCUCCCCUCCCUCCCCCUCCCCCGCCCCCCCGAGGACCCGCUCGGUUUGACUUUCACAAGCAUCACCUGUCGACACGCUGACGUGGCGUGGGACCGUUUUUAUAUACGCGUUGGGGGGGGUUUCUAAUUUAGUGGAGAAUGCCUGCCUUUUUUCUCUGUGGACUCACGAGUUCAGCAGCCUUCAUGUUGCGAUGCUUGCCUGCCCUGUAUGGUUUCGUGUUGCUCUCUCUCCACAGUGUAAAGCUUACGUAGGCAUGAUCUCAGAGUAGUCGGACGGCGUAAGAAAGCGGAACCGGAAAUGACUCGGAACAAUCUGAAAAAUGAUUUUUUUUUGGGGGGUGGGGGGGGGUUUGUCGCCUUGAACAUUGAACAUUCCCGUUUUUUGAUAGGCCAACGAAAAUAUUAAAAAGGUGCAUGAUUAUUUUUUUUUUUUCAAAAUGUUUUACUCAAAGCACUUGUUACUAUGUGGUGAGAAUGUGAAAAUAGUCAGCAGUAACUAUAUGAGUAUACUCUGUAUAAAGACACUGGGAAAAUAAAAAUACUGUAAGAUACCUAUUUUUGAAGUAUUGAUGACAUAAAAAUUGCUGCUCUUUCUCUGGCUCUUCGUCGGGCUUAGGGGAUUUUUGGCCUGUUCAUUCUUAAUACGUGGAUAUUAUUUUGUUUAUUUGUCUUUUGUUGAAGCAUCAUUCAAUUGUUUUAAAGAUUCCUGCUUAAACUUGUUUUGUUUCUGCUUUUCUUCACAUGAGGUUGUUUUCUAAAUGCUUUGUUAUACUCCUUUUAUAUGUAAAGACACAUCCUUCCCCUUUCACGCUGUAUUGUCUCUGACGGAUGUUGUUCCUCCUGUUGGCCUUUGGCCUCCGGGACAGAGGAAGGUUCAUUAGCCAUGCCUGCUGAUAGUUGUUCUAUUAUUCAGUGUCCUGGAAUUCUUUUAUUCAGUCAUCUAGAUACUGGAUGUGUGCUUCAGAAAAUAAACAAGAUGUGUUUUGAAAA